AUGGCAACCAGCGUUCAGAUCCCCAGUCCAGCGGGCUUAGACCCGUCAACAAGGAGUCAAUCCGAAGAUCGUCCUAUUAGCAACAUAGAAGAUCCCGACGAGACCCCACCUUUACAUGCGGUUAACGUCGCGCCCCGAUGGAACGAGUCAAAGACCAUGAUAUGGAGAGUCACAGCGACUUGUGUGUGUGCCUUUGUUAUGGGUGCUAAUGAUGCUGCAUACGGAGCGAUCAUUCCUUACCUUGAACUUUACUACCACCAUACAUACACCAUCAUAUCACUAGUCUUUCUGUCACCGUUCAUAGGCUAUACCAUAUCAGCUAUUUUGAGCCAUGUUAUCCAUCAGCAUCUUGGGAGACGAGGAAUUGCAUUCAUCGGACCAACUUGUCAUUUGAUCACUUACAUCGUUAUAUGCCAACAUCCGCCGUUUCCAGUCUUGGUGGUAAUGUAUGUCUUUGUUGGAUUUGGCAGCGGAAUUCAAAAUGCAGCAUGGAACGUCUGGAUAGGAAACAUGGCAAACUCGAACGAAGUACUUGGUUUCUUCCAUGGAUUCUUCGGGGUAGGAGCCACUGUGAGUCCACUGAUUGCUACAAGUUUGAUAACAAAGGCCAACUGGGAAUGGUAUUCUUUCUACUACAUAAUGACCGGAGCCGCGGCAAUUGAACUCGUCUAUGCCGUCUCAGCCUUCUGGAAAGAAACAGGAUCAAAAUACAGAGAAGAGAAUCCAACAACAGGAAACAGAGGCGGCCCAUUCACUCAAACCCGCAUCUCACUAACAUACAGAGUAACCUGGAUCUGCGCAAUAUUCCUCUUCCUAUACGGCGGAACCGAAGUAGCAAUAGGAGGCUGGGUAGUUCUAUUUAUGACCAACGUCCGCCACGGCGGCGCCUUCGCAUCAGGAAUGACAGAAACUGGAUUCUGGCUCGGUAUAACAGUUGGUCGAUUCGUGCUAGGUUUUGUCUCUCCCCGCCUAGGCCAAAAGCUAUCUAUCGCUUUAUAUAUCAUUUUAGCAAUGGCGCUUGAGCUUAUAUUCUGGCUCGUCCCACACUUCAUCGUGUCGGCUGUUGCUGUGGCGCUUGUUGGGUUCUUUCUCGGUACUAUAUUCCCGGGAGUGGUGGUUGUUGCGACUAGACUGUUGCCUAAGGAUUUACAUGUAGCUGCUAUUGGAUUUGCUGCGGCUUUUUCAAUGGGUGGGGGUGCGGUGUUCCCGUUUUUCAUUGGUGCUAUUUCGCAGUCUAAAGGUGUGAGUAUUCUUCAGCCUAUUCUGUUGGCUAUGUUGGCUGUUGCUCUUGGUGUUUGGGGGAUGAUUGUUCGGGCCCCAAGGCCAGAGCAGAUGCACCAUGUCUGA